CAACCCGAUUUCCUGUGACCGUUUUCUAUCUUUUCCCUAGUAGUGGUAGUGAUGGGGCACUUCACCCAGCGUUUGUGCAUCGCGAUGGAAAGUGUAACAGAGGCUCGUGGCUGUGGUAGUGAACCGUUUUCCGAUAUCAGCCCCCGGCUCUUAUCAGUGGACAGCAUUUAUUUUACACUUGCUCCGGCGUCCGACAGCUCCAACGUGUUAGUCAAGAGCGACAGUCGGCCAGAAGCGGUUGUACACUCGUGCAAGAACCACGACCCAAGUGUGUUUGUCAGCUGCAGCAUCUUGUUUGUUUAUUCUAUUCCAAAAGUUUGUGUUAACAUAUCCCCAACAAAAUGAACACAGGAUUUAACUGGAUUCCGUGGACCUCGCACCAGGGCAUUCCGCCAGCGGCAGUGUACGGUGGAAACGAUCAGGACGGAUCGCCGAUCUAUAUCGGGCGGGCGUACCAUGAGGGCGAUCAGCUGCCCGCGAAGGUGAUCCCAUCCAAGCAGGCGGCGUACGUGUCGCACAAUGGCAUGGAGAUUUUCAAGACACACUUUGAGGUCCUCACUGGUACCGGGUUCACCUGGGUUAGCAGCGGCAAUGGACACGUGCCGGCGAAUGCUGUGCUGGCCGGUAAUACGACGACCGGCGAGCAGCUGUACAUUGGCCGUACGCAUCACGAGGGCAGCUUGACGCCGGGCAAGAUUCACCGGUCGCACGGAUGUCUGUACAUUCCGUUCGGUGGGGCCGAGCAGAGCUUCCUUUCCUACGAGGUGCUAGUGGGACAGCAGCGAUCGAACUGGCAGCACUGCUCCGCACACGCCCCAAUGCCACCGAAUGCCGUCCUGGCCGGUAACGAUUCGGACGGUUCGCCGAUCUAUGUCGGCCGUACGUACCACGAGGGUGAUCAGCUGCCGGCGAAGGUGCUACCGUCCAAGCAGAUUGCCUACGUCUGCCACAAUGGGCAGGAGAUUCCGAAGCACUCGUUUGAGGUGCUGACGGGCGGCCAGGUGUCCUGGGUACCGUCCGGGUUUGGAAGCGUUCCACCCAAUGCCGUCUUCGGUGGUCGGACCUCGAGCGGGGAAGCGUUGUACAUUGGUCGGGCGCACUAUAUGGGCAGCUUGACGCCGGGCAAGAUCCAUCCGAGCCACCAGACGCUCUACAUCCCGUACGGUGGCAGCGAGAUCCCGAUCAAGAACUACGAGGUGCUGAUCGAACACUGAGGUGGUGAUGAGACCAGUUAGAGACCUUUUCUAGUAGCUUUUUGCAUAGUGUCACACACACAAAUAGGAGUAGAAGUUGACGUGACGUCGAUUUUGUGCCAACCUUUUUCGGUUGAGUCACCUUCGCUAGUCACAUUAGAAGAAAGAUCAACAAAGAGUUGGCGUAGAAUUUGAACGAGGUUGUCGUUCCACGUCAUCUUUUACUGCUGUACUGUGUGUUACUAUGUGACAAAAAGGGUACAGAAAAGGUGCAAACAGUGUUUCAGUUCAAGUCACACACAGUGUAUUCGAAUGGUUUACCCCAUACGCAAAGUUGAUUCAUGUCAUUUCUUUAACGAAACUAUAAAACGGUCGAACUGUAAACUAGU